GGUCCACGGGAGUGCGAGGGAAACAAAAUCCACUCGUGUGCCAUAGACAUCGUCGAGGACCAGACCUUUUUGGUAAAGCUGGUGCAGUGCACGAUCCGCAACGAGACAUUUCCUGAAGCCAUUGGCGAGCAGUGCGCCGGCGACCUGGGGAUCAGCUGGCAGCCGAUACUGGAGUGCUCCAGAGGUUCGAGGGGCAGCCUGCUGCUGAAACGAAACGGGGACGUGACCGGAGAGCUGACCCCGCCGCUGCACGGCGUGCCCACGGUCACGCUCAACGGGAGCCGGGGAGACCAAACAGCAAUACGGGCAGACCUCUGGGGUGAAAUUUGUGAGCUGUUGUCGGAUCCGAUACCUCCAAAUUGUCCUGAGGCAGAUGACUCUAUAGUGGUUAACAAUCCAGAAUAGAAGAAGAGGAACUGAAUGUCUACAACAGACUGCCAAUUCAACUUGUAAAACUGCUUAAAAUAAAAUGAUUUUUAUAAACUUCA